AUGAAUAAGAUUUCUUUCUGUAUUGUCCUUGCUUUGGUUUUCUUGCUUGCCUGUGCUGUUAGUGCUCAACAACAACAACAAGAAAAAUCAUCCAACUCUGUUUCUCUUUUGAGAGAUAUUAUUCGUAGAAUGUAUCCUAAUUCCUCUGAUAGUCAAAUCGUCAAGAAAUUGUUCCCAAGUAUUAGAAAGUUGAAGAAGAAGGCAAGUAAAAAGUUGCUUGAUUUGAUUUCUUCAUUGAGUGAUUCACAAGGAUCUGAUUGUUCAAAGUAUUGUGCUGGAAGUACUGGGGAUUACAAGAUUUCAUGUUUGCAACAUUGUCACCGUAAUAAUUUGUAA